GUUAAUGUUUCGAUAAUGGUCUCCCGAUUGAGUUAAAGUGGAUCUGGAGAUGGCCAUGUAGUAGUUUGCAGCUUUUAGGGCACCACACAUUAUUAAAUAUUGAGUCAGUUUUCAUAUGGAGAAGCGAAUUUUUUCUUUAAUUUUAGUUACUUUCAUUUUUGACCUUGCCUGCUAUUUUGGCUGCUGCUGUUUGAGAAAAGACCAACUGGAAGAGCGUCACCAAGAAUGACGCCUAAAUAACCGAAGCAGAGAAUGGAGAGUUAGAAAUUUCGUAUUUUUCAGCCCAGUCACAGUCUUAUUAUGAAUCUGAUGCUCUAUGCCCAGGUCUCUGUGGCUGGGCUGCUCCAGCCUGGCGGACAGCAUGCCUUCGCUGCGAUGCCUGUAUAACCCAGGGACUGGCGCACUCACAGCUUUCCAGAAUUCCUCAGAGAGAGAAGACUGUAAUAAUGGCGAACCCCCUAGGAAGAUAAUACCAGAGAAGAAUUCACUUAGACAGACUUACAACAGCUGUGCCAGACUCUGCUUAAACCAAGAAACAGUAUGUCUAGCAAGCACUGCUAUGAAGACUGAAAAUUGUGUGGCCAAAACGAAACUUGCCAAUGGCACUUCCAGUAUGAUUGUGCCCAAGCAACGAAAACUCUCAGCAAGCUAUGAGAAGGAAAAGGAGCUGUGUGUCAAAUAUUUUGAGCAGUGGUCAGAGUCCGAUCAAGUGGAAUUUGUAGAACAUCUUAUAUCCCAAAUGUGUCAUUACCAACAUGGACACAUAAACUCAUAUCUUAAACCUAUGCUGCAGAGGGAUUUCAUAACUGCUCUGCCAGCUCGGGGUUUGGAUCACAUUGCUGAGAACAUUCUGUCAUACCUGGAUGCCAAAUCACUAUGUGCUGCUGAACUUGUAUGUAAGGAAUGGUACCGAGUGACAUCUGAUGGCAUGUUAUGGAAGAAGCUCAUUGAGAGAAUGGUCAGGACGGAUUCUCUGUGGAGAGGCCUGGCAGAACGAAGAGGAUGGGGACAGUAUUUAUUCAAAAACAAACCUCCUGAUGGGAACGCUCCUCCCAACUCCUUUUAUAGAGCACUUUAUCCUAAAAUUAUACAAGACAUUGAGACAAUAGAAUCUAACUGGAGAUGUGGAAGACAUAGUUUACAGAGAAUCCACUGCCGAAGUGAAACAAGCAAAGGAGUUUACUGUUUACAGUAUGAUGAUCAGAAGAUAGUAAGCGGCCUUCGAGACAACACAAUCAAGAUCUGGGAUAAAAGCACGCUGGAAUGCAAGCGAAUUCUCACAGGCCAUACGGGUUCUGUCCUGUGUCUCCAGUAUGAUGAGAGGGUGAUCAUAACUGGAUCAUCGGAUUCCACAGUCAGGGUUUGGGAUGUAAAUACAGGUGAAAUGCUAAACACCUUGAUUCACCAUUGUGAAGCAGUUCUGCACUUACGUUUCAAUAAUGGCAUGAUGGUGACCUGUUCCAAAGACCGUUCCAUUGCUGUAUGGGAUAUGGCCUCCCCAACUGACAUUACCCUCCGGAGGGUGCUAGUCGGACAUAGAGCUGCUGUCAACGUUGUAGACUUUGAUGACAAGUACAUCGUUUCUGCGUCUGGAGAUAGGACUAUAAAGGUAUGGAACACAAGUACUUGUGAGUUUGUAAGGACCUUAAAUGGACACAAACGUGGCAUUGCCUGUUUGCAGUACAGAGAUAGGCUGGUGGUGAGUGGCUCGUCUGACAACACUAUCAGAUUAUGGGACAUAGAAUGUGGUGCGUGUUUACGAGUGUUGGAAGGCCAUGAGGAACUGGUGCGCUGUAUUCGAUUUGAUAACAAGAGGAUAGUGAGUGGGGCCUAUGAUGGAAAAAUUAAAGUGUGGGAUCUUGUAGCUGCUUUGGACCCCCGUGCUCCUGCAGGGACGCUGUGUCUACGGACCCUUGUGGAGCAUUCUGGAAGAGUUUUCCGACUCCAGUUUGAUGAAUUCCAGAUUGUCAGUAGUUCACAUGAUGACACAAUCCUCAUCUGGGACUUCCUAAAUGAUCCAGCUGCCCAAGCUGAACCCCCCCGCUCCCCUUCUCGAACAUACACCUAUAUCUCCAGAUAAAUAAUCAUACAGUGACCUCAUACUUGCCCAGGACUCAUUAAAGUUGCGGUAUUUAACAUAUCUGCCAAUACCAGGAUGAGCAACAACAGUAACAAUCAAACUACUACCCACUUCCCCGGACUAGCCGAGGAACGGGGAUUUGAGACUCCUGUUGGGACACAGUUGGUCUGCAGUCGACCCAGGAUGGUCUACUCAGCACAGCUGACUGCUUCCGUGCUGCUAUCAGAAGAUGUCUUUUAUCUUUUGUGAAUGAUCGGAACUUUUAAACCUCACCUCACCUCCCUCCUCCUUUCCUCUCUGCACCUGUUUUUCCUCAUUUGGUUCCAGACAAAGAUGACUUAUAAAUAUAUUUAGUGUUUUGCCAGAAUCUCUCUUGCCUUGCCGUUAAGCAGAAGAACUAGUUUCCCUAUAUAGCCUUCUGGGAGACCAACUUCUAGGGGACAGGGGAUACAACUUCAAGCCAGACAGCACCCAGUUUCUCCCUGUGAACUGCAGGAAUGCCCAGCACCUGGCAGGAUCAGCCCAGCCCCACUGUGCUUAAGAGGAGACAGCUGUCUUACGGCCUUUGGGGCAAGAAAGAAAGAGAGAAAACGAGAAUCCACACUGGAAGAUCUGGGCCUCUUUCCUUUCAUCUCUUUCUCUGUUUCUGUCCCUCGUCCCCUCCUCCCCCGCCCCCCUUCAGCCUUUUUCUGCGCCACCUGAGAAGAAAGAGUAUGAAGAGCGUAAUCUCAGUUAACAUGAGGCAAAUCAGCGAGAAAAUGCCACACCUGGAAGAGCUAAACGCUGUUCGGUCAAAAUUUCAAACCCAAGCUUUUGCUGCAGAUGACCCCAUGUGGCAGCAGUGGGUUCUUAGAAGGUACCCCCAUCGUAUUUGCAACUCUUCUCUCUUCUUCUAACACCACCCCCGUCCAAAAACGGUGUGGGGGGGGGGGGCAGAAAUUGCCUGGGCUCCAUCAAUGGCUGCCUCUUUUCUGGACUCAGCAGUCUCCUCGAUUCCAUGUAGAGUGUGGAAAGGAGUUGCUGAUUGCAUUUCCUCUCAUUAACAAUUAGAUGUGUAAUAAAAAGCAUUGUACUUCAUCUUAAAUCACUGGUAAGGCUCAGCCUAAAGAAAGGUUUGAAAUGGCCGGAGCCAGUUGCUGGGUGCAUUCUGCAUAAUGGCUCCCAUCUCUGAUUUGCUCAUCAGGGUCUGUGAGCACCCAGCGCCUGUAUCUUUGCCAAGAUCACGAUCAAAGCAGCUGAAGAAGUGGUCAGGGUUAAAAGUGGAUUUCUUUCUCAUUUAGAACAGUAAAUAUCUCUCAAAAAGCAAGCUAAUCAUCUCAACCUUGCACUGUAGAACCUUCUUCACGCAUUUCCCAAAUCCCAUAUUUACAAAAGGGCAGAGUUGCCAAAAAGAGGAUCAGGGUGAAGUUUGGCACACAGGGUUUACUAACGGGGCAGACACUGCCUUCUCUUUCCUUUUCUUCCUCCUCCGGCCUUAUUUAACUCUCCACUCUCCCCAACCAAUAAAAUUUCUCUGGAUGUUGGUAAGCAACAUAAACAAAUGGACCUCAGCAAGAGCCAGGCCAACCUGGCCACUUGAAAGGCAGCUGUAUGGGCAUCAGGUGCAGGGCACAUGUGCCACCCCAACCUGGGAACACAGGGUAUACUAUCAGCAUGUGCCCAGCGCGUUUCCCAGGGCGGGCAUGGAGCUGCCCCAGCCCUCUUGUGUGGCAUGGGCGCACACAUCACAGGCCCAGUGCCACACCGCCGUCUCUAGUUUCCCUUGGAAGCUGAGCAGUCAGGCCUGUCGUUUCUGUUCCUAAUCAAAGCAGUUGAGUAAAAGCCCCUUUUAAACCAGCUGCUGUAGAAACAUCAGAACAGGAGGCAGUUGCAGGUGACCUCAAAGCCAGACCACUUUUAGUUUAGCAAAGGGAAGAGGAAGAGAAAGCCAUGUUCACUCUUCCCUCCUGAUUUGACUGAAUGUUGUUAUUACAUAUUGGGAAGCAAGUUAUGUAUAUGCAUUUUUCCUUUCUGACUUCAUGAGUGCUUUUAAGCUUUUGGUUCUAGGUUAUAUUCAGAAACUACUUCCCAGUGUAAUAUGUCCUUGCCUGGGAAAUACUUUCUGAGUAUAAUUCCCUUCCCAGCUACCCAAAUGCUACAGAGAAAUGUUUUCUAUUUAGCCAUCAUCAGAGUUCCUUGUCUGUUGUGUUGACUUUUUGGCUUUUUGCUUGGUUAAGGAUUUUGCUACAGGUGAGGCAGAGGGCCAUCAGCCCUGAAUAACACACAGGUCAGGCAUUACAGAGGCAUGGAUUUCAAGCUGUUUGAAAAUAUUGUCCAAUAGCCAUAACUUUACUAGCCCUUCUAUUAUAUGCUGCUGUUUAAACGUGGGAGCUGUUGAAUAUUCAUUGGUGCCCGGGGUUUUGCUCUCCCAUCUAGGUUCACUUUAAGGUAGAUUGUUUCUUAGAUUGUUUUGAGGCUUGUCCAGUACAUCAUAAAUGAGAUCGAGAGUGGACCCUGCAGUCUGGAGCCAUUAGCUCCAUCGAGGAUAUUCUCCAAGUUGUCCUCUGCUGCUGAUGGAAAUGGGAAUGAAGUGAAGUGGUCUGAAAAACUGAGUCAGUCACAUUUCUCAGCUCUGGGGGUCAUUUACCAGUUCAUUGUAGAAGAAAUAAUCAGGUAAGUAGAAGUUCAUUUCCAGAGAAGGUAAACCCCACUUACCAUCUCUGCAUGAUUUCAGUGGGAAUUGAUUAUCACUAAUCCCCAACUGGGCUAGAAUAAAUGUAAAGUUUGACCUUUUUAAAAAGAAAAGAGAAACAAAGAAAGUCUCAACACAUUGAAAGGAAUGGUAGAAAAGGAGCUAAAGGAGUCUCUUGACUCAGAAACGCCAUGUCUCCAUUGUAGCUUAGUCUCUUCUCACUAAAAUUCCAGCAUGGGCCUGAAAGAACUGUUUCAUAAAGAUGGGAGGAAGCCCCUUCAAAGGCGGGCACACAAGGAGCGAGUGCACGCACCUGCACCCAGGAGCUCUCUGGGCACGUGGGAGCUCUCCAGUCACACUGGGGCUGCUUGGACAAAACCAGCAUGCCUUGCUGCACGUGUGUGUAUUUUCACUGCUGAGAACAUCCUUUUCCUUUGUUCUGUGCAAUUUGAAAGUGGACAUGGAUUGUGAAUGGGAGGCGUUUUACACUUGUCCCUUGGCAAGAUUUUUUCUGGUGACUCUUCACCAGAAACUUCAGAGACAGGACUCUCUGAACUCUAUUGACAUGUAAUAAAGUCUGGCCCUCAUAACUUGCUUCUGAACUAGAAAAAACCCUGGGACCCCUAAAUCAUUCUGUUUUCUGCUUGAGUAAGAAAAAUCCUUUUUAUUUUUCUUUUGUAAAGUCAUAAGCUGAAGAGAAGAAAAUAUGCACUCUUCUCCCCUGCUGCCUUCUGGUACCCAUUGGUCAGAGCAGCUGUGGUUGGUCUACUCUUUACUUAGCACUUGAUUGUACAUGGAAACCAAGGACUUGGGGUGGAAGGGGGUGGAUAUUGGAAAUAAUUAGAGUGGUUUUUUCUCCUUCCUAAAAGUAGAUUAGAUACCUCGGUAUUGUUGACCUUCUUGGCAUCUUCCAUUUACUUUAGAUGGUAAUACCUUCCUGCCUGAAGUGCAAGCCAUCCAACCCAGAAUAGUGCAGGCCUGAGAGCCUAGGCUGCAAGCUUAACUCUGGAGGAAUCCAAAAGUACUUCCUGGCGGAAAAGGGGAUGCUUAGAUACCCACCACCUGUGACCAUCAUGCUCUUUGAUGAUCAGGUUUACCCUAUCACUUUAAUCCACAUUUCCGAUCUCCUUCCCUAUUUGGAUGAGUUGGACAGACUUUCCGAGAACUGGACAACAUGAAAAGGUGCCCUUGCUUCUCUUUGCCUUCCUCUUUUCUCUCCUAGAAUAACUCUCGCUUGUAACAAGCACACCCAAAGCCUGCAGGCUGAGUUAAUCUCCCUGGGCUGAUCACUGACCAAGCAGAGCCUCUUACUUUACCAUUGUCUCAACAUAAUCAGUGCCAGAAAGAUAGCCGUCUCCAGGGUAAUAAAGCUGAGUUUUGCUUCUUGCUGUUUUUAUCUGUACUUCAUUUGUGACUUCAGAAUCCUUGGAACUGAGGAGAGACACCAAAAAAGCACGAUUAUGGCUGCCUGAUUUCCAGUGGAACUUCCCGGAAACCUCUUCUGUUGGAAGUUGAGUACCUAUGAUCUAAAAUUUCCUGGAGAAAUUUAGAAAAUUAGAUGACCUCUAAAAGAUGUGCUCUCCAGCCCACCCAGCUGGCUCUCUCAGCUCCUGGUUGGCUAUGUGUGUAUUUAAGGAUCAGUGCAGUAAAUGGCAUUAUAAAGCGUCCCUUCCCCUCUAUCCUUUUCUCCUCUUGGACACUGAAGGAAAAGACCAACAAGGAGGGUUAGACCUUUGGGUACCAAGGAAACUAACACCUUCCCAAAUCACUCAAGCCCAUUCAGACUGUUCUGAGGGAUGUUCGUUGGACUUCAGCUAUGGGGCAGGCCUGCCUGACGAGUGUGAGCUUCCCUGAGAGCUUUUGAUUGGCUCAGCCCUCUGUUCUCUAGACUCCUAAGUACUGACUGCUUUGACUUCUGUGGUUAUGUUAUCGUGAUAUGUAGUCAAGGUACCAAUAUGUUCACAACCUAGGAUCAUGGUAAAAUAGUGUGUUCUGGUUUUUUUUUUUUUUAACUGUUCAGAAAAAAAAAAGUAACUUAAAUUACAAA